GGAAACGUGAGGCUGGUUUCAGGAAGUAGGUUUGUUACAGCAUCAGGCGGAGCAGCUAGCUUUGUUUUUCUUUUCUUUUUCUCCUUUUCUUUUAGUUUCUCCUCGCGCUGAGGCCAUGGUUCACUGCAGCUGCUGAGCGGCUCUCAGGACGGCCGGAGGGAGGAUUUAAAAWCAUCCAGGUGUUAUUUUACAGCUCAGCUUUGACCUCUACUGUGAUUUGAAGAAACUUCUUCUUUUUAAACUACCUGAUCCUGGACACAAACUUGAUCCUAAAUAUCUGCUGCUGAAGCUGAAACUUCCAGAAUAACCAUGAGCGCCCACGAGUCCGAGCUGCACACCAUCUCCCCGGAGCUGCCGGCCAUGUUUGACGGCGUGAAGCUGGCGGCGGUGGCCACGGUUCUGUACGUCCUGGUCCGCUGCCUGAACCUGAAGAGCCCCACGGCGCCGCCAGACCUCAGCUACCAGGACACCCCGCUCACCCGCUUCCUGCUGAAGUCCUGCGGCCCGCUGACCAGAGAGUACGUCCCUCCUCUGCUGUGGGGGAAGAGCGGCCAUCUUCAGACGGCUCUGUACGGUAAACUGGGUCGGGUCAGCUCGCCCCACCCCUGUGGGAUCAGGAAGUACUUACCCAUGCAGGACGGGGCCACCGCCACCUUUGACCUCUUCGAGCCUCUGGGGGACCACGGGACCGGAGAUGACGUCACCAUGGUGAUCUGUCCCGGCAUCGGGAACCACAGUGAGAAACAUUACAUCAGGACCUUCGUGGACCACGCCCAGAGGGAGGGCUACAGGUGUUCAGUCCUGAACCACCUGGGUGCUCUACCCAACAUCGAGCUCACGUCUCCUCGCAUGUUCACCUACGGGUGCACCUGGGAGUUUGCUGCCAUGGUGGGGUACAUCAAGCGCACAUACCCCCAGACCCAGCUGGUGGUGGUGGGUUUCAGUCUGGGCGGGAACAUCGUUUGCAAGUACCUGGGCGAGAACCGAGCCAAUCAGGAGCGAGUGCUGUGCUGCGUGAGCGUGUGUCAGGGCUACAGCGCUCUCAGGGCUCAGGAAACAUUCCUGCAGUGGGAUCAGUUCAGACGCUUCUAUAACUUCCUGAUGGCUGACAACAUGAAGAAGAUCAUCUUCUCACACAGACACAGUCUGUUUGGAGGGAGCUCAGUUAAAAGCAUCGAUGCGGACCUGAGUCGACUCUUCACAGCCACGUCUCUCAUGCAGAUAGACGACAACAUCAUGAGGAAGUUCCACGGCCACAGCUCUCUGAAGGAGUACUACGAGAAGGAGAGCUGUGUUCAUUACAUCCACAAUGUGAACGUGCCGCUGCUGCUGGUCAACUCUGCAGACGAUCCUUUGGUUCACGACUCGCUGCUCGCCAUCCCGCGCACGCUGGCAGAAAAAAAGCCCAACGUGAUGUUUGCACUGACGCUUCAUGGAGGACACCUGGGCUUCUUCGAGGGGGCGGUGCUCUUCCCUCAGCCGCUCACCUGGAUGGAUAAGGUCAUCGUGUCUUACGCCAACGCCAUGUGCCAGUGGGAGAAGCAGAAAGCACCGUGCCAAGGCCAGCCCUGCAGCCAGCCCUGCAGCCCGCCCUGCAGCCAGGGCUCCUGCCUGGAGCAGAGAGCCUGAACCUGGGUCUGACACCUGCACCCAGAGGAGACACCUGGACCUGCUCCGUCUUCUGCCUUCUCCUCUGCUGCUGCUCACCUCCACCUACAACGACCUGUCACCACCACAAAACUGCCUUUGUGUCUGCAGACCACACCUGGGACCAGAUCAUAGAACCACACCUGGGACCAGAUCACAGAACCACACCUGGGACCAGAUCACAGAACCACACCUGGGACCAGAUCACAGAACCAGUUCUGUGUUUUCUGGACCCAGAAGAAGCUCAGCUCCUCCAGGACAGGUUAGUUUCUCUGUGACUGCUGGACGCUCAGAAUUAGUCUCAGUACACAUGGGUUGGGACUCGCUGGGGACAGGUUGGGACAGGUUGUCUCUUGUGGGUUGAGCAGAACUCCUGGGUCCAUGUUCCUCUUGCCUCAGAUCAGCUGCAGGUCCACAGAACCUCCUGGAGCUGCUGCCAACACUAAAGAAACCUCAGUGAAAACAGUUAUUUGGCCGUUUGAUGCUAUGAAACAGAAGGUUCUGGACUUCAGGUUCUGGACUUCAGGUUCUGGACUUCAGGUUCUGAGCUGUGAGGUCCAACACCAGACCAGAACUGACCCAGGUCUUUGUGUUCGUGGUUCUGAAGGUUCUGGUUUGGUUCUGCAGGUCCUGUAUUUCUUCCUGCUGGGUUCAGGAUUUAACUUGUUUCAGCCUAAAGUUAAAAGACCAAACCAGACUCCAGAACCAGGACCAGGACCAGGACCUGGAACCAGUGAGGUCCGGUCCAGAAGGAUGUGGUGUGGAACACUGAGACCUGCAGCUGACCUCAGAACCUCCUGCUGGACUUGUUGGGUUUUUUAAACCAAACCAGCUGAAAAACAACUUCAUCUUUAUUUAAAACUGGAUGUAGAGUUUCUGUCUGUUAGCAAAAUAUCUGCUGAGCCACUGGACAGAGGUUAAWAACUGGCUCCUCCUCACUCAGGUGUGCAGGUGUUCAUGUGAGGCAGGUGGUAGAGCUGUCCUAAUCCACACCUGGCCCACACCUUGUUCACACCUGGCCCAGGUCUGGUCUGCACUUGGUCCACACCUGGUCCCACACCUGCUCCACACCUGCUCCACACCUGGCCCAGGUCUGGUCUGCACCUGGCCCACACCUGCUCCACACCUGGCCCAGGUCUGGUCCACACCUGGCCCACACCUGGCCCAGGUCUGGUCUGCACUUGGUCCACUCUUGGCCCCACACCUGCUCUAAACAUGGUCCACACCUGGCCCAGGUCUGGUCUCCACCUGCUCCACAUCUGGCCCCACACCUGCUCCAAACAUGG